AUGGAAUAUCUAGGGCAGACCCAGACUGCUACUUAUUUGUCUGGCCCCACUCAGUUUAGCCAGUUACCUGUAAUCAACACCACACAAAAUAAAAGCUACGAUAAUUACGCAGCACAGCCUGCCUUCAGACGUUCUCUGACAGCUAUGCCAUGGAGACCUAGUGCCUACUACCAGUCAGGAAAGGUCAACCCAAGCAUCUCUCUGACACACAGUAUGCCUACACCCUUUUCCCAGAAGAUCCAGCUGACCGAGUUAGACCCUCAUAGAGUUCCUCCUGUGUUUAAUUCAUCCAGAAAUGCUCUCUACACUCGUUUUACACCAUUUGACUGGAUGGCAUCAAAUCAGAGCAACUACCUAGCUUCAGACUAUGUGCGUAGUGGGGCAGAGCGCCUUCGCUUGGAUACUGUUCGACUGUGCAGAGAAGCAGAUGAUAAGACGAAGCGGACCCAAGGAGAUGUGAGCAAGCGCCUCGGCGAGCGUGUUCGAGACAUCAACUUCUGGAAGAACGAACUGAAUAAUGAGACUGACAACAUGUUAACAGAAACUAAUGAAUUACUUGAAGCCAAGAGAUUGUUGGAAAAGUGUUUGGCUGAAACUGAGAACCCGCUUCACAUUGCCCAAGAAUGUUUGUACCACAGAGAGAAGCGUCAGUCCAUUGACCUUGUCCACGACAACCCAGAAAAGGAGCUGAUUAAGGAAAUAGACAUCAUCAAGAGAUGCCAGGACAGGAUGAGAAAUACCAUUGACAGAGCCAAUUUGCAGCUAAAUCUUAAUCGUGCAGCACAGCAUGAACUGGAAAAAGACUCCAAUGAUAAAUUUUUGGCUGAGAACUUGGACACUACAUGUCAUGGCUUACGCAACACAAGUAGAGGGCUGUCCUUUCAUGAUGGUGUUCACAGAAUUGACAAUACAAUCUCAGUCCCCGAGACCUGGGCCAAACAUAGCAAUGACAACAUAGAACAGUCACAGAUGGAACGCAUGGCUUCAAAAAACAUGAGGAAUGAGAUUGAGUCGGUUAUCAAUGCUUGUAACAAUGAAAUGUGGCAACAGUGGAAUGUUGUUAAUGUGGCCCUUAAUGAGCGAAUUCAGGAAACUACUGAUGCCAGAAAUAAGAUUCAGACACAUCUGUCUAAGGUUCUUCAAGAAAAGUUUGAAAUGGAAAAGAACAUUGAGCUUAUAAAGAAAGCCAUCCAAGACAAAAUAGCUCCAAUCCAAGUGGCCCAAACAAGACUGGACAUUCGUCUGAGACGACCUAAUGUUGAACUGUGCCGUGAUUCUGCCCAACACAGGUUGGUUGAGGAGGUGGUGGAGAUCACAGAGACUAUGGAGAGCCUGCAGCACAGACUACGAGAAGCUGAGAACGCCUUGCAAGCCUUGCUCCGUACAAAAGCUGCUCUGGAGCAGGACUUGGGCAUAAAAAACAACAGCUUGUUUAUUGAUCGUGACAAAUGUCUUGCCAUGAGGAAAACUUUUCCUAUGGCUCCUAGAAUCAUCUGUAUAUAA